GUUGGCCUAAUUUUGAUUCACCACAUCCAACAAAAUCCAGCCCCCACCUCUCUCUCUCUCUCUCUCGCACCAGUAGAUCGCACCCGUCCACGCGUCCCGCAAUCUCCUCCAAUUUGAAACUGCCCCAGCCCACAACCAACGACGGAUGGGAAGCAGAGCAGCGCCGCCGCCGGCGGGACACCACCCGUCGCCGGCCAUGGCGUCCUCCGCCUCCGCCACCGCCGCCGCCGCCGCGAAGGCCGACGCUCCCUUCUGCCCCAUCGACAUCUCGUCCGACGAGGACGACGACGUGACAGUCCUUGGCUCCUCCAACAGCCGCGAGGAGAUGCAGAUCCAGCAGGCCAUCCUCCUCUCCCUCGACCCCUCUCGCGACCAGGCCACCGUCCCCUCCUCCUCCGGAACCGCCGUCGCCGGGGCCUCCGAAUGGUCCAUUCCAGGCCGCAAGGGGAGGCGCAAACUAGGAUCGGAGCUGCCCCUGUUUCCUGUCGAUUCCAGCAGAUCUCCGUCGAAACCAGAGACGCGUCAAGUCAUCGACUUGGACGACGACAGCCCCCCUCAAGUGAUCGAUCUGUACGACGAUGAUGGCUGCAGCUUGAUCUUCCUCAAAGACAUCGCCAGCGGCAAGAGGAAGCUGUUCGAGAAAGGCGAAUGCUCCAACAGCGCCAAGGGCUUCGACUGCACGAUCUGCAUGGAGACGGUUCCCGGCGUCGAGCGCUUCCGCAUCCCCGGGUGCCGGCACGCGUUCUGCGCCGGCUGCGUGAGGCAGUACAUCGCCGCGAGGGUGGAGGAGAACCUGCUGGCCAUCGGCUGCCCCGACCCGGGCUGCAAGGACGGCGUGCUGCACCCGGAGGAGUGCCGGCGCGUGAUCCCGGCGCCGCUGUUCCACAGGUGGGGCGCCGCGCUCUGCGACAUGGCGCUCGGCGAGCUCAAGUUCUACUGCCCCUUCAAGGACUGCUCGGCGCUGCUGGUGGACGACGACCCCGGGGACGGCGACGCGGCGGCGAAGGUGGAGUGCCCCCAUUGCAAGCGGGUGUUCUGCGCGAAGUGCAAGGUGCCGUGGCACGAGGGGGUGGAGUGCGCCGAGUUUCAGCGGCUCGGGGACGACGAGCGCGGGCGGGAGGACCUGCUGCUGAGGAAGGUGGCGCAGCAGAGCAAGUGGCAGCGGUGCCCCAAGUGCAAGAUCUACGUCGAGAGGGUGGACGGCUGCACCUUCAUCGCCUGCAGGUGCGGGCACUGCUUCUGCUACCUGUGCGGCUCUACGAUGGCGAGGAGCAACCAUUAUUGCGCAAAGUGCAAGCGGUGAUCGGUGAAUCAUCUUAAAAUGCACAAAGCUACUUUAGGGAAGGAAGUAAUUAUGCAGAUAUUGACUAUAUCUGUAUAAUGGUUUGGCGGUACUAUUAAUAUUGACUUUAGUUGGCAUCAUUUGGCUCGUGCAACUCUAAUGCCACCUUGGCCAUCACUAUGAUAAUUUGACUUUACAGGA